UUCCAGAACUUAAGGAUAUGUUACGAGAGUUAGAUGUACCUGUUGGAGGCAAGAAAGGUGAACUGAUCACACGAAUCAAGCUUGCUAGAUUAGAUAUGCCACAGCUGGUCCAGAAAUGCAAAGACCUUGGGAUCAGUCAUCAGGGAGGAAAAAGGGAAUUGGUGAGGGACAUCCAAGAGAAGGAAAAAACAGCUGAAAAUGAACCAGGACAUCCAAUUGAAGUUGAGAUAGAAGACUGCAAUGAUGAUGAUGAUGAAUGGGAAACCGAUGAGAGUGAAGAUGAGAGUGAAGAUGAAUCUGCUGAUUUUGCAUCUCAAAACAAGGGAGGUAAAGAUACAUGGUUUGUGAGGCCUCUUGAAAAGUGCGAGAAGUGUGAAAAAAAGAUGGAACUUACUCAGGCAGAAGAUCAUCUUAAGGAAUGUUGGUUUGAGGAAGGACCUGCUAAUGUCUUUUACUUGGAAGCACAGGCAUUUCAGGUGAUGAAUAUUCAUCUGAUUCUACCCUUGAACGCUUCGUUUGAUGAUCUGGAUGAGGCUCUGAGAAUGUACUGGAUGGAAUGUUGUGGACAUCUCUCUCAGUUCUGGUACAGGAAAAACAGUGCACCAUUCCAACCCCCUUCCAGUUACCAAGACUCCUGUAUCCAGAAGUUCAAAGAUGAUUUUGGAUUCAGUGAUACACCAACAAAGCUAAUGUCAACAAAGCUUAAGAAGAUUUUAACAACCAAAAAUCAAUUGAUUCGCUAUGAAUAUGACAUUGGCACAACAACUGAGUGCCUUAUUCUGUUCCAUGGCUGCUUCAGGGUGAAGGGAAAGCCCAAGAUGAUUGACAAUAGUGCCUUGAUAAUGAGAAAUAUAAAGCCAAAGAUUCCAUGUGGAAAGUGCAAGAAGCCUGCCAAGUAUCUCCUAAAUAAUGGAGGUAUGGAGUAUGCCAGUCCAACUCAGUUCUUUUGCUCUAAGAAGUGUGGAAGAGGAGAAGAGGAGGAGAUGUUGAUGGGAUAUUUCAACUCCCCUCGCUCUGGUGCUUGUGGGUUUGAUGGUUGAUGGCAAAUUCCCAAAAUGUUAGAGACGAGUCUUGCAUUGAGAUUGAAACCUUCACAAAAGGAGCUGCUAGAAGAAUCCAUAGAAUAAGGAAAAGUCCAAAAAUUUGAGAGACUAAGAACUACACACUUUUCACAAAUACAGUCAUGUAGGUGUAUUCCCUCAUGGUAUUUUCAUAAACCUCCUUCAAAUUUUUAUCAUUUUCAACACCAGUUGAUGGCAAAGAUAUAGGUCUUCAUAUUAGCCUUUUUUGGUUAACCACAUAUGCCAUCUAUUCAGCCAAAAGUAAUUUAAAAAUAUUGUAGUAGCGAUCUUUAAAUGUUUUUACAUGAGUUAUUUCCUCAGCAUGAUAUUGCACUAAAGAAGCUUUGUGCAGUAUUCAGUUGAUCGAAUGAGGGACGUGUUCCCAUGAUUUUUUGUUCCUUUUUUCUGUCAAUACGCAGUAUCUCCCUUUAAUAGAGAUUUCAAAAUUCCUGAUCAUUUUUUCUUAUGUGUCAAAGAAAAAUGAAAAUAUAAGUAAGCACUAUGCACUUCUAUGAAAAGUGUUUUCUGUCUUAGGUCAUUUCUCCUUUGUUUCCAGAUAUAUUAUACAUGCAUCCAGAUAUAUGUAAAAUGGAGUAAAUGUGAUUAAGUUGGUGCUAAUUUCUCAAUUACAGUAAGUAUACUGUAUUGUGCUAAUUCUGAAAUCAUGGAUUUUGAUUUUGCAAUCAUCCAAAAAAGAUGUUGGAUUAUCUUGCAGUGAUCAUUGAAGAUGAGAUGUUAACAGCUGAGUGAUUUGCUCACUGUAUUUAGUGGAAAAGAUUUAAAUGUUACAGUUUAUAUGUUAUUUGACCAUGUCAGUUAUUUAAUAUAAAAAGUUACAAAGACAUUUGUAAUGCUUAUGGGUGUUAUUGUUCUUUCUAAAUUCUUAAAUUGAGUUUACUUGUAAGUACACUGUAUCUCAUUAACUAGUAUUAAAGGAAUCUCAUAAGUCUGAGAAUAUGUGUGUUAGGGUACA